GAACAGUGCGCGCUGCGCUGCGCUGCGCUCCGCCCCGCUCCGUUCCGCUCCGCAGAGCCGGCGCGGCCAGCGCGCAGGGAGGGUGGCACUCGGCUCCGGUGCCCACAGCCUCACGCGCUCCCUCCGCCGCGGGACCUGGGUUCCCGGACCGCUCCCCCGAGGCCUGAGCGCGCCGCGGGCGGGAGACGGGCCGGGACCGGCGGCGAGGGAGGGAGCGAGGAGCUAAGCAGGAUCGCGUGCGCCGGCGCGCGGCUCCGGGUCCCCUCCCAGCCCCGGCCGGGGCCCGUCGCCACCACACUCGGACUACCCGUGGGAAGGGCUGUGCUCCCGCGACCCGUCGGGGACCGCAGCUACUCGACCGGAGCGUAGGGGCUGAGGCUGCGCGACGACCCACGCGGGACAGACUUCUGGGCUCCUGUGGUUUGAAAUCCUACUCCAGAUCAGGAGUGCUGUUUGAUAAAGCUGCCUUUCAGGAGAUGUGAACAGUCAUCGGUGGGAAGGCUCCCGCAGGUGCUGCCAGAGGUCCCUGGAUGAGAAGGAGCUGACAGCAGCUGAGUCCCACCCUCUCUGUGUGCUGGGGAGCAGGGCUGCACGGCCCAGGUGGCCCAAUGCCGAAGAACAGCAAGGUGACCCAGCGCGAGCACAGCAGUGAGCAUGUCACAGAGUCAGUGGCUGACCUGCUGGCCCUCGAGGAGCCCGUGGACUAUAAGCAGAGCGUCCUGAAUGUGGCUGGCGAGGCAGGCAAGCAGAAGGCGGCAGACGAGGAGCUGGAUGCGGAGGACCGGCCGGCCUGGAAUAGCAAACUGCAGUACAUCCUAGCCCAGAUCGGCUUCUCCGUGGGCCUUGGCAACAUCUGGAGGUUCCCCUACCUGUGCCAGAAAAACGGAGGAGGUGCCUACCUGGUGCCCUACCUGGUGCUGCUGAUCAUCAUCGGAAUUCCACUCUUCUUCCUGGAGCUGGCCGUGGGCCAGAGGAUCCGCCGCGGCAGCAUCGGUGUGUGGCACUAUGUGUGCCCCCGCCUGGGCGGCAUCGGCUUCUCCAGCUGCAUAGUCUGCCUCUUUGUCGGGCUGUAUUAUAAUGUGAUCAUCGGAUGGAGCAUCUUCUACUUCUUCAAGUCCUUCCAGUACCCAUUGCCCUGGAGUGAGUGCCCUGUCGUCAGGAAUGGGACCGUGACAGUGGUGGAGGCAGAGUGUGAAAAGAGCUCAGCCACUACCUACUUCUGGUACCGAGAGGCCUUGGACAUCUCCAACUCCAUCUCGGAGAGUGGGGGCCUCAACUGGAAGAUGACCCUGUGCCUCCUUGUGGCCUGGAGCAUCGUGGGCAUGGCCGUUGUCAAGGGCAUCCAGUCCUCGGGGAAGGUGAUGUAUUUCAGCUCCCUCUUCCCCUACGUGGUGCUGGCCUGCUUCCUGGUCCGGGGGCUGCUGCUGCGAGGGGCCAUCGAUGGCAUCCUACACAUGUUCACUCCCAAGCUGGACAAGAUGCUGGACCCCCAGGUGUGGCGGGAGGCGGCCACACAGGUCUUCUUUGCCCUGGGGCUGGGCUUUGGGGGUGUCAUCGCCUUCUCCAGCUACAACAAGCAGGACAACAACUGCCACUUUGACGCUGCCCUGGUGUCCUUCAUCAACUUCUUCACCUCCGUGCUGGCCACCCUCGUGGUGUUCGCCGUGCUGGGUUUCAAGGCCAACAUCAUGAACGAGAAGUGUGUGGUCGAGAAUGCCGAGAAGAUCCUGGGGUACCUCAACACUGAUGUCCUGAGCCGGGCCCUCAUCCCUCCCCACGUCAACUUCUCCCACCUGACCACCAAGGACUACGCGGAGAUGUACAAGGUCAUCAAGACAGUGAAGGAGGACCAUUUCUCAGCCCUGGGCCUCGAUCCCUGCCUUCUGGAGGACGAGCUGGACAAGUCCGUGCAGGGCACAGGCCUGGCCUUUAUAGCCUUUACCGAGGCCAUGACGCACUUCCCUGCCUCCCCGUUCUGGUCCGUCAUGUUCUUCCUGAUGCUCAUCAACCUGGGCCUGGGCAGUAUGAUCGGGACCAUGGCGGGCAUCACCACGCCCAUCAUCGACACCUUCAAGGUGCCCAAGGAGAUGUUCACAGUGGGCUGCUGUGUCUUUGCAUUCUUCGUGGGGCUGUUGUUCGUCCAGCGCUCCGGAAACUACUUUGUCACCAUGUUUGAUGACUACUCGGCCACCCUGCCGCUCACUGUCAUUGUCAUCCUUGAGAACAUCGCUGUGGCCUGGAUCUAUGGAACCAAGAAGUUCAUGCAGGAGUUGACGGAGAUGCUGGGCUUCCGGCCCUACCGCUUCUAUUUCUACAUGUGGAAGUUUGUGUCUCCGCUGUGCAUGGCUGUGCUCACCACGGCCAGCAUCAUCCAGCUGGGGGUCACGCCCCCAGGCUACAGCGCCUGGAUCAAGGAGGAGGCUGCCGAGCGCUACCUGUAUUUCCCUAACUGGGCCAUGGCCAUCCUGAUCACCCUCAUCGUCGUGGCCGUCCUGCCCAUCCCCGUGGUGUUUGUCCUGCGGCACUUCCACCUGCUCUCCGAUGGCUCCAACACCCUCUCCGUGUCCUACAAGAAGGGCCGCAUGAUGAAGGACAUCUCCAACCUGGAGGAGAAUGACGAGACCCGCUUCAUCCUCAGCAAGGUGCCCAGCGAGGCACCCUCCCCCAUGCCCACUCACCGCUCCUACCUGGGGCCCGGCAGCACAUCACCCAUGGAGACCAGCAGCAACCCCAACGGACGCUAUGGGAGCGGCUACCUCCUGGCCAGCACCCCUGAGUCAGAGCUGUGACCACCAGCCCGCCCCGCCCGCCUCGCCCCCAACACCCAAGCAGCCCACAUGUCCCGGCCUGGCCUCUCUCUCCAGGCCAGGUCCUCCACCCAAGGAGAGGGGGUCCGUCCUGCCUCGUCCGCCGCCCUGUCCCAGCUGACUUCUGCUCCCUAGAUCUGAGUGGGGGCUGGGAGAAGCUUUGGCCCCCAAACUAGGCCCCCAACGCAGCUAACCUUCUGAGGUCCUCUUACCAAAUUGCAGCUGAGUAGCUGGAAGCAUCCAGAAGUCCCGAUUCUCAGCUCAGGGGAGACUCCAAGUGGCCACUCCGGGGGUCAUUCCCUCCUCUUUCUCUCCCUGGAACUUGACAUCUGCAGGUCUUAGGUCUUGGGGUCCCUUAGUGCUGCCAGGUAGUGGUCGUGGUGAGAAGCACCAGGGUGGGUUGGGGGUGUCCUGUGCCAGAGGUGCCUGAUUUAAGGUUGGGGAUGGAACAGGUGUGCUAGGACUUGGGGCUCAGACUUGGGAGGGAGUCUGCAGAGGUCCCCAUUAGUUCUGUUUGGUGAGGCAGAUGGUGCCCUCUAGUUUAAGCACAAGCACUGGCAGCAGGGGUCGGGGAUGAGGGGAUUCCUCUGCCUCGGCUCUAGGUGGAACCUCCAGUGUCCUUGGCCCUGCCUGGGGUGGGUGAGGUGUGCUCCUGUCUCCUGCCUGGGAGGGUGAUCCCUGGCCCCAGAAACCUUCCCACCUCUAUUAGGGCUUGUUCUGCCCUCUCCUCCCCAACCCUGGAGCCCAGGGCGGUGGCCUCUGCCUCUGUCCUUGAAAGAGAAGGGCACAGUGCACGGAGAGGUCUCCAGAGCACCCCUGAUGGUUCCCAGCACAAUUUGGACAGUUUGGAGCACAAUUGUGAAGCACACCCCCUCUCGCGCCCAGGGGCUGACUUUCUCACUAGCGGCAGCUUCUCCCCUGGGACCAGGGUCCCUGGAGUUCUGGAGAUCACCCCCCUGGGAAAGAGAUAAUUUCACUGCCCCUGUGGGCCACCGCCACUCUCCUUGUACAAGCACAGCCACCCCAUGUGCACGUUGUGUGUGGACACCUUGGAAACCUUGCCCAAGCUGCCCAGCCCAUGGCCCGUGAACAUUGCAAGCUGCCUAGGGGAACGGCCAGGCCUCUGUCCUGGGACCCAGGCCUGCAGAAUCCCCAUGCACACUCACCUUCACCUCCCUCAGAAGAGAGCUGCCUUCAGAGUGCAGAUUAAGAGGAUUAGAACUUGACGGGAGGUCAAAAGUCUGCAGAGUGAUUGAUGGAAGGAUGGAUGAAUGGAUGGAUGGAUGGGAGGGAUGGAGGAAGGGAGGAAGAAUGGCUGGGACAGCAAACCUCCAUCUUUGAGAGCUGCAGUGGGCAGGGCAAGAGCAGGCCACAGUGCUUGGACUGGCUACCUUCACAGAGGGUCCUGAGCCACUCGUGUGUCCCUGACUUCUCUCAGCACUGGGAGGCACAGACCACACCCAGGGUUCCCUCCUUCACCCCUUGGUCCCUUAGUUCCCCAACCUGCCUUGGGGUCUGCCUGCCAUCUCCCUUACUCGUCUCGCCACCACAGUACUCCCGUUUCCAGCCCUCUCAGCCCCACUGGUCCUUCCUGAGUGUGAGAGGGGAGAGGGAGACCCACAUCUCCCCAAAGACAUGAGCUUUUGGAGCACAACAUCCCGCUUUAGGCCCCCUCACCUGCCAGUACCUCCUACCUGGCCGCGUGCCUAAUCCCAAGCAGAAAUAGCAACAGGAAAAGCAAAGCCCCAGGAGAGACACUCCACUAUAUAUACUCCCAUAUAUUCUAUUUCUAUUGUAUAUUCAAUCUGUACAUGUGGGUGUAAAUGCUGUUAAAUGACAAACCCAAUAUUAUACUGUGGCUGGUGGACUAUUUUCAUCCUCAGUGCUGUACAGAUCUAUUUUCAUUGUAUAUUUGAUAUAUUUUUAAUUUUGUAGCUUGUGGCCGGGCCAGGCCCCAGCCCGCCAGCCUGCGAUAGGGCAGCUGAGCUGGGGCCUUCUGCUUGGUCCUCGUGGGCUGGGUAGUGCUCGUAGCCAGCUGUUGUAGGCCGGGCGCUGUCCUGGCUGUGUCUCUGCUGUUAGACGUAGGGCCUGGAGCUUGGCGUGUGUGCGUGUGCAUGCGUGCGUGUGUGUGUGUGCACAUAUGGGUGUGGGUGUGCAUAGGGUGCUGAUUUGUGAUUCCCAGUGUUCACGCUCCUGAAGACCACGCUGCCCUCCCUGCUGCCACCUCCUCCUCUCAGCUCCAUCAGGCGAGGCCUCAGGGCAGGGUCCUGUGGGAAGCCGCCAGCUGUGGGAAAGGCACACGCUUCUUGCUGGUGACUCAUUGCCUUCACACCACUGGGCCUGCCAGAAGCAGGGAGGGAGUGGUCUUGGGGGGAUGGGGGAAGCCCCCACAUCUAUUUUCCAGCCAGCCUCUUGCUGUGCCCACUGGAGUCACAAGCUCUUCAUUCCCCAGGGAAAGUGCUGGGUUUCUUAAGAUGGUGAGCCCCCAAGAGGGCAUCUUCCAGUGCCUCUGUCCUGUAUUUGUCCUUGAGACAUCGGUGUCAGUGUUCAGAAGGAACAGCUGCCCCUCUCUGGGCCUCUGACUCAUACCUCUGCUCGUGGCUCAGGGGAACUGGGAGUGGGCAAGGUCAAGGGGGCGGGGAUCUGGUGAGGUAAGAUCCAGCCCAGAUCCCCUGGAGGGGCAGGAGGUGCCCAGAGAGGGGCUGGCCUCCACGUUCCUGCACAGGGUCCCUGCCCCACUGACUUUGGUGCUGUCCAUACAGUGCCCACCAGGGACAGAGCAGACUCCAGGGCAGGACAGGGCAGGGGUCUACCUGAAAAGAGUCCCUGGUCCCUGGUCCUGCCCCUGCCUGCCUUCCAGCCCCAGUCACCAGCUUCUUGCUCAGGGAGCCCUCUCCACUGAGGCAGCAUGAAGUCUGAGGCCCAGGUGGGGUGGACAGGUGGGCAUACGGGUUGAUGCCAGUCAGGCUGGCUCUUGCCCUCCAGCAAUGAGUCUGUGGGGACUGCGGCUUUCCUAGUGCCAGGAGAAGCCCUCGCGUGAGGUGGGGCUUCGGGAGCUGCAUGGUCCCAGGCCUAAACAGGCCUGCGGGUAUUAUUGGGGGGGGGGCUUUCCUCUGCCCGUCCUCGCAGCCGCACCUCCCCCUCCCUGCCAGAGCACAGGCUGGAACACACUUGUCUCCCUGAGCACCCACCAGGCCCUGAAAUUGGGGGCUUGCUGCCCCUUCACUGGAGCCUAAUGACUGGGGAUGGGGCAAGAACAUCCAAGGUCCUUUCUCAUCCCAAGUACUGCUUUGUACAGACCCAAACACACACAGCAGGCGUCAUUUUAGGUUCUGGUGCAAGUUUAGAACAAUUCGAGUCCACGCACCCCGUGCUGCUCAGAGUCCUGGGUCAAGACCACUCAGCCCAGGGGAGGGGACGAGGCAUUGUCACCCCCGGGGUCCUUCAUUCCUCUCUAACCCCACCCCACUGGUGUACAAUAAAGCGUCUGUUCUUACCAAA